AUGAUGUCCAGGACCCUGAGGCUGGCCCUGCUGGCUUUGGCCUGCACUGUGGACCUGAGCUGGGCCACUGGCUUCACAGAAAACGGCCUCUCCCUGCUGAGCUACCAGCUGUGCAGCUACCCAGUGACCCGAAAUGUGCAGAGGCUGCAGGAGGUGCAGACCUCACACACAGCCUAUGUGCACUGUGGAGCAUGGAUCCCGUGGAAAAAGUGUCCCAAGACCGUGUACCGGACCCAGUACCUGGCGGUGGAGGUCCCUGAGUCCAGGAAUGUGACUGACUGCUGUGAGGGCUUUGAGCAGCUUGGCUUCUACUGCGUUCUGCCCCUGAACCGGUCUGGAGAGUUUGCAUCAAGACCUGGGGCCUGCCCAACGGCAGAACCAGAGUCAUCCAACCCACUGUGCAGCUUGGACACUGACUGCUCUGGACUUCAGAAGUGCUGCUCCUGGUCAGGGGCCCGCCGCUGUGUGGCCCCUGCGCCCACAGGUGCAGAGAGGAUCCCAAUGAGCUGGUACAAUGUGACUGUGUUGGUGAAGAUGGGCUUUGAGGACCUGCAACGAGAAGACCCUGGCUUCCGGAACCACACACGCCUGCUCUACUCUUUGGUCACCAGUGCCUUGCGGCCUCUGAACACGUCUGUACACUACCUGAACUCCGCUGGUGGCAGGGACACCUUCACCACGGUGUCAUGGUUGCUGCUGGGCCUUCCACGGCGCUUGACGGUGGCCAAUGUCUCUGCCGCAUUGGAUGAUGUAGUGAAUCGAGUCUAUGAAGUGGUCAGCAUCCAGGUGCAAGAUGUGAACGAGUGCUUGCACAGGGAGCUCCAUGUCUGUUCCAGAGGAGAGCAGUGUCUGAACAUUGAGGGCUCCUACCAGUGUCUUCCUACCCAACCGCCAAACCACACAGAUGAAGAUUGCCCUCCAAUCCGAGACUUCAUGGCACUUGACGUCACCAGCAGCAGUUUUCACUUGUCCUGGAGUUUGAAUUCCACUCAGAACCACACUUUCCAUGUCCAAGUGUUCAAAGGCAGAGAAAUACUCAGAAGCAUCUGGACGAGGAGCCAGACUCUGACCGUGCCUGGGUUGGAGGCUGGAGUGCUGUACGGAGUGAGGACCAGCUACCAGGGGUGCGGGGCCAAUGUCUCUGCCACACUGGCUGUCAAAACAGAUGCCCAGGUUUUCCAAAUCACAAUACGGAUCGUGAACCGUAACCUGACAGAGCAGAUUCUCAACUGCAGCAGUGAGGAAUUUUGGAACUUUUCUCGGCAGCUGUUUCAUGAGGUGGAAAACUCCUUCCCCCAGGUCAUUUUUGACCUGUACAGACGAGGGAAGCUGCAGCUCCAGAUCGUGUCCCUGCGGGCAGGCAGCCUGGUAGUAACACUUAGACUCAGCCUGCAAGAUCCCGAGUUUCCAGUGGGCGUCUUCACGCUGAUGCCCAUGCUCCCGCGGCUAUCUGUAAGCACCGUGUUCCAAGUUGACCAGCAGGGGACGCUAGUGCAAGACUGGGACGAGUGCGCACACAGCUCCGAGCAUGACUGCCACCCAGACGCUCGCUGUGUCAACCUGGAAGGCUCCUACACGUGCCAGUGCCUCACAGCCAGGGAUGCCAACCCCUCCCGGGCUGGCCGGGUCUGUGAGGGUGACACGGUGACCCCCACAGGAGGUGGACAGUCUGUAACAACAAAAGUCUCAGCCCCAGCUGUCAGCGUGGGAAUAACAAGCCUUGGCCCAGAGGCCCUCACCUUUUCACCCAGUCCCAGGCACCCGAGGAGCACCCCAACAAGAAGUCAAGCCUGGACCCCAGGGCCUCCAUCUAAGAGAGGCAGUAGCAGCACAGCCAGGCAGGAGAUGAAUAGCACAGGGCAAGAUGCAGAGCUGCCCAGCACGGCCCUGAGCCUGGGAACGAGCCCCAGAACGAGCCCCAGAAGUUCCAGCAGCAUGACCAGCUCCUUUCCCAGGACUGCAGAGCCAACCCCUGGCUCCCCUCUGAAGACCACAGUUGUCCCACUCCAUGUCACCGGAGGGCCACAGGAAAACCUCACCGUAGACCCUCCCCCGGUGACUGAUUCACCCACGGGCUAUGUUGCAUGGCACCCCAGUCCCACUUGGGAAACACCCCCUCCGAAAUCCACAAGACUGCAGAAUGAAGACCCUCGCCCUUCCUUCUUCCCAGAACUGCCAUCGGCUUCAACCCCUGUGGCUCCAGAGUCCCCUGCCUGUGUUCCUGGACCCAUUGGAAAGGUCACCGUCUCCAACAUGACCAGUACCGGCUUCUCCCUGGAGUGGUCAGCAGACAUCAGCUUCUCCCCUACCUUCUAUCUCACUUUGGUCUCUCCUCGGGGACCUGCCAUGACUAUGGAGACCCAGGACAAUAACGUGACCUUGUCAGGGCUGGAGCCUGGAGCUUUGCACCUGAUAGAGAUUGUGGCUAAGGUGUGUGGGAAAGAAGGUGCCAGAAGACAGCUGAGAGUGCGGACAGUGGCCCGGAAACUUGCCGGGGAAGUCCGGAUAGCAAACAUCCGGUAUUCAGAAUCCUUCCGAAAUGCCAGCAGCAGGGAACAUCGAGACUUGGUACAGCUAUUCUUCAGGACGGUGCGGGACUCCUUACCAGCCCCUCUGUGUCAGCACAUGGAUGCAGGUAGGAUCCAGGUGGACAUCGUCAACAUCACGAACGGCAGCGUCGUGCUGGAGUUUAAUUUGCUAAUAAUGGCAGACCUGGAUGUCAGGGAGGUGUCCGCCGCCUUCCUCGCGGCGCUGCAGAACACAUCGGUGCUGGAGGUGGACAAAGGCAGAACCUUCAUACAAGACUUCGAUGAGUGUGAGAUGAGGGAGGAUGACUGUGAGCCUGGGAUGUGCAGAAACACCUUCGGAUCUUUCACGUGUAGCUGUGAUGGAGGAGGACCUGACUCACAUGUGGAAUAUUCUGGAAGCUCCUGCGAUGGUGGCUCUUCUAGCAACACAAUCCAGACCCCAGGCCCAGAGCGGCCCCCUACCCCAGCAGGAACCAGAGGUGACCCUGUGCCAGAUGCCAGCUCCGUGCCCCAGGACCCGCCCCUGCGGCUGAACCUGACCGACGCGGUUGGAGUGUCCUGCGAGAUCGAGAUGGUAGUCAUUACCAUCCAGAAACGCUUCCUGCAGCAGGAGGCCAUACCCGAGGCCUCCCUGUACCUGGGGGAGCCCUCCUGCAACGUCAGCAAUAGCAACAGCACACAUGUGUUCCUGGUGGCUGGCUGGGGCCAGUGCGGGACCCUCGUGCAGAGUAACAUGACCAGCACAGUGGUGACGACCACACUGAAGAACGACCUGUCCCCAGAGGGCGUCAUCCACCACCUGCAGAUCCUCAGUCCCAUCCACUGUGCCUUCCGCAAUGACCUUCUGACCUCCUCAGGCUACACCCCGCAGUGGGGGGUCUACACCAUCAUCAAAGACCUCCACGGCACUGGGAACUUCGUCACUGAGAUGCAGCUGUUCAUGGGAGAUUCUCCCAUACCUCAGAAUUACAGUGUGUCUGCCAGUGAUGAGAUCAAGAUUGAAGUGGGGCUCCACAGACAGAAGAGCAGCCUUAAGGUGGUGUUGACCGAGUGCUGGGCCACCCCCUCCAGCAACGCCAGGGACCCUGUCACCUUUGGCUUCAUCAAUAACAGCUGCCCAGUCCCCAACACCUACACCAGUGUGAUCCAGAAUGGCAACUCCAGCAAGGCCCAGUUCAAGCUGAGAAUCUUCUCUUUCGUCAAUAAUUCCAUCGUCUACCUGCACUGCAAGCUGCGAGUGUGUAUGGAGAACCCCAGGAACUCAUGCAGGAUAAGCUGCAACGACUUCCGGCUGCUGAGAAGCAGUGAAGCUGAGCACCAGAUGUCCUGGGGGCCUCUCCAUUGCUCUGAAGGUGAACCUGCAUAUACAAAGCCAGGCCUGGGGACCCGUUACAUCGUUAUCAUUGUGGUGGCUGCAUUUACUGUGGUGGCAGGGGCUACGACCCUUCUGAUCUUGCAUUACCAGAGAAUGAGGGGCAAAUACAGUCUCAGAAUCCAGACCGAUGACUUCAGCUACCAGGUGUUCGCUCAGUAGGAGACCCAGCUGUCAGGAGAUGGGGCACACUGUAAAUAAGGUCCAGUGAUUAAUUCAUCAAGCAUUGGCAGGACUCCACUAUGGGCAGUGCUGUGUCAGCCCUUGGGGAUGAGCCCCCAUGAUGACAACGACCUCUGUCUUCCGCCAAGAGGCUGAAGAUGCAGAGCCGCACCCACCAGGCCAGUGACAGGUCUGCUGAAUAUGUGAACAGAGCGCUGGAGUGGCCUUCACCCUCAAGCCUAGCACAAACCCGGCCCCUCCAUUACCCAAGCGACUGGCACAGCCUUCCCAGCUUUGACUUUCAAGCU